GAGCCGGCCAAUCAGAGGGUCCCUGCUGGAGCCGAGCUGCCAAUCAGGGGCACCUGCUCCGGAGUGGGGGGAAACGAUAGCCCUGGCGCGUGGGGCCGGGACGGAAGCGCGCGUACCCCGGCGGCGGCAGUGCCUCUGGGACCCGCACCCAGGCGCGGAGGUGGGCCGGGGCGGCUGCCUGGCGGAGGCGGCGCCGGCGGGCGGGGCGGGCGGGCGGCCGCGACCCCGCCCCCCGGCGCGCCCCGCUCGCAGUGUCCCGCUCCCGCCGCAGCGAGCCAGUGCAGCGGGCUCGGGGCCAUGGACGCCCCCGCCGCCCCGGGCCCGGGCCCGGCCCGCAAGGAGCUCAAGAUUGUGAUCGUGGGCGACGGCGGCUGCGGCAAGACGUCCCUGCUCAUGGUCUACUGCCAGGGCGCCUUCCCCGAGCACUACGCCCCCUCCGUGUUCGAGAAGUACACGGCCAGCGUGAUGGUGGGCAGCCAGGAGGUGACCCUCAACCUCUACGACACCGCGGGGCAGGAGGACUAUGACCGCCUGCGGCCCCUGUCCUACCAGAACACGCAGCUGGUGCUCAUCUGCUACGACGUCAUGAACCCCACCAGCUAUGACAACGUGCUCAUCAAGUGGUUCCCUGAGGUCACGCAUUUCUGCCGGGGAACCCCCAUGGUGCUCAUCGGGUGCAAGACUGACCUGCGGAAGGACAAGGAGAUGCUGCGGCGGCUGCGGGCGGCACAGCUGGAGCCCAUCACCUACAUGCAGGGCCUGAGCACCUGCGAGCAGAUCCGGGCCGCCCGCUACCUGGAGUGCUCGGCCAAGCUCCGCGAGAACGUGGAGGACAUCUUCCGGGAGGCGGCCAAGGUGGGCCUGAGCGCGCUCAAGAAGGCGCAGCGGAAGCAGCACCGACGGUGUCUCCUGCUCUGACCC